UAGUUUAGGUUAAUUGGCUAACUAUUGUUAGCUCCCCGCGUUGUUCGCUUUCAUUGCUGCGUUGGCAGAGCUGCUUGGUUUUGUUAGCCGAUGGAGUGCCCUCAUCUGAGCUCAAGCGUAGGUUCUGCCACCGAGUCCUCCAGGUUCCCUAACGGGACGCCGCCGUCCUGGUGUUGUAAUGUUUGCAGGUCUAAUAAAAGUCCUUGGAUUUGCCUUACCUGCCUGAUGGUCCACUGUGGGCGAUAUGUAAAUGGUCAUGCAAAGAAACACUUUGAAGAGAGCCACGGCCUCAGUGUUUGUCACAAAAAGGGUGAAAAGCAGGAGAAGGACAAAACCCCUCAUUCUGUCUGCAUGGACUGCUGCAACCACAGUGUAUUUUGUUACAAGUGUGAUGAUUUUGUCGUGAACGACACCAAACUCGGACACGUGCAGAAGGUGAGGGAACAUCUUCAGAGUUUAGAAAAUUCUCUGAUUUUUGGCGACAGACAGAGGAAAAGAAAAUUCCAGGAAAUCUCAGCUAGUGAUGGAAAGUUGUUAAAAGACAUUGACGGGGUGGCUUUAGGUGCAACUGGUUUGAGGAACCUGGGCAACACAUGCUUCAUGAACGCCAUUCUGCAGUCCCUCAGCAACAUCGAGCAGUUCAGCUGUUAUUUUAAGGAGCUGCCUGCAGUGGCUCUACGCAGCGGUAAGACGGCAGGAAGACGGAUGUACCACACCCGCAGCCAAGGGGACAACAGUGUCUCGUUGGUGGAGGAGUUCAGGAAAACUCUUUGCUCCCUGUGGCAAGGAAACCAGACCGCCUUCAGUCCAGACUCCUUAUUUUAUACCAUAUGGAAAAUCAUGCCAAGUUUCAGAGGCUAUCAGCAGCAGGAUGCCCAUGAAUUCAUGCGUUACCUGCUAGACCAUCUCCACAGGGAGCUCCAGUACAGUCGCAACGGGGCGUCUCACCCAGUCCCCCCUCAGGAUGGAGGCAGACUCUCCAACUCAGAGAGCAAGUGUUUCAUAAAUGGUCCUGCCAGUGUUGUCACAUCCAUUUUUGGUGGUGUACUUCAGAACGAAGUCAACUGCCUGAUAUGUGGGACAGAAUCUCGCAAGUUUGAUCCAUUUCUUGAUCUGUCUUUAGACAUUCCCAGUCAGUUCAGACAAAGGAGAAGUAAGGACCAGGAGCCAGGUCCAACGUGCACUUUACGAGACUGCUUGCGUAGCUUCACCGACCUGGAAGAACUUGAUGAAACUGAGCUGUAUUAUUGCCAUAAAUGUAAGAAACGCCAGAAAUCAACUAAGAAGUUCUGGAUCCAGAAGCUGCCAAAAGUUCUGUGUUUGCAUCUAAAACGGUUCCACUGGACUGCCUUUUUGAGAAACAAGGUGGACACUUAUGUGGAGUUUCCACUGAAGGACCUGGACAUGAGGGGCUACUUACUUGAGCCGGAGAACUCAUUACCAGGAAGCUGCCUGUACGACCUUGUGGCAGUCGUGGUGCAUCAUGGGUCGGGGGUUGGAUCAGGGCAUUAUACAGCAUACGGCAGCCACGAGGGCCGCUGGUACCACUUCAAUGACAGCACAGUGACUCUAACCACUGAGGACACGGUGAGGAAGGCCAAGGCCUACAUCCUCUUCUACGUGGAGAGGACCGGGCAAGAGGACGUGGACAAGAUUGCCACUGACAGCACAGCUACAAAUCCGCCUGAUGUGGACGCAGCGGCCGGCGUUUUGUCAGAAGUAGUUUCUCAGAGCAACGCUGCUGCAGACACCGUAGCCACUGAAGUGACGCUGAUAGAUGGAGCAGCCACACAAACAGACGUGUCUGAUGAAAAAGCCCAAGAGGACACAGGUGUCUACACAGCUGGACUGAACGAGGCUGACGACGUGUCCGAGGAGGCUGCGGCAGAUGGAGGUACCUCAGAGGAGACGGGGGCAGCUUUAGAAGCUGCUGCACCGUGA